AUGCCAUACUGGCAUGACUGGAUUUACGCAUGUCCGUCCAUCUCCCUUGCCAGUGAAAUACUGCAUAUGUGCUUUAAAUUUUUCGCUGAUCAUCCGCUCCAAUGGACCAAGGAGGCUGUAGGAGCUCACGAGCUUGAUAACCGCUUCAUUGUCCAGCACAAGCGGGUUGGCACAUGCCACUUCGCAAAAGGCAUCACACAUGUCAAGCAAAUGAUGGGUCACAAGUACAGAGAAAUACAAUGUACUAUCGUUGCCUCAAUCGCAGGUGCCACUUCACCCCAGUUUGUUCAUGCAAUCCAUGCCAUCGUGGAGUUCAUCUACCUUGCGCAGAACUCAGUUCACUCACCUGAAACACUUCAGUCAAUGGAGCAGGCUCUUUCAGACUUUCACGUUCACAAGGGCGCUAUUAUCAAGGCCAAAGCAAGGAAGGGGAAGAAAGGUGUCAAAGAGGAAUCUAUGGAGAUUUUUGACCUGUAUGCGCUGUUGAGUUCUCGUGGGGUAUCAUUGGUCAAUGCCAUGCAUGCUGAGGAGGAGGAGGUUGCAAUUACUAAUCCUGCACUCACGUGGGUAUCCUGCAUUCUCCCUGAUGAAGUCAAGUCAGUUCGUGGUCCCCAACCAGUCUGUAACCACUUUCUCAAGGGUAUCCUCUCUGGAGAUGUGCAGACCGCUUUUCAGGUCAAUAUCACUCCAGACUACAAAUCACUGUCACUGGCUGAAAUAUGCAUAAAAUACGCACUCCCUGACUUUGAUUAUUCCCUCGUUGACUUUGUUGCUUGGUCAUCACUGUCUAGUGGUGAACAUACUCGCUGGGACCCCAAAUAUGGGCAUUACCAGGUGUGGAACAAGUUUCAGCUCCAGCUUCACUCAGCCUUUCAGCAACGCAUCAUCAUGCCAAGCAGGGUGGUGCAAGCAUACCCCCCAAGUGAUGAUUUCCCCCUCGGCAAUUGCAACACCGUUCUCAUUGAUGCCAUGGGCAUCAAUGGCAAAAUGACAAGUUACGUCGCACAAGUUCAAGUCAUUUUUCAGCUGGUUGUUCAAUGA